AUGUCGUUUACUGAAGACAUUAUUAAAGUUAAAGAAGAUUACUUUAUGGCGGUUGAAGGUCACAUGUCACAAGAAACAUUCAAGUGUAGAAUAAAAUCACUCAACGAAAUAAUCAAACGAACGAAUAGCCCACAGUUAAUGCAAUUCUUUUGCCUUUCAAUAACAUUCAAUAUCAUAAUCUUUCCGAUAAUAUUCGUGGCCAUGUUUUUUUUUACGGCGAAAGAUCAACAGGAUCCGUUAAUGAACAUUAUGCUUGGGGCUUUGGGUAAUUGUUUAUUUCUGUUUAUGUUGCGAAGCUUGGUUGGAAGAAGAUAUCUACGUCUGCAAAAGAAAAAUAUUAGACGACAAUUAAUGGAAUUCAAUCGUAUCGAUAAUUCGAAUUACGUGAAUUGGAAAGCAAUUUAUGAGACAAGCGAAAAGACAUUGAUAUUAGAAUUAAUUUCACCAGAAGAAUCAACACUAAUACAAUGUUCGGAGAGGAUACAUAAUGACGAUAUUAUUAAUGACUAUUCUUCACGUAAUAGUUCUAUCACCAUAAUUCCACCAUCGCCGAUACCUCCUCCUCAUGAUGUUGUAGUUAAUAUUCCACCGCCUGCUUAG